AGCUGACUCGAGAAAUCCCUGGAGAGGGGCCGCCGUGACUACAAAAACAGGGACGGCAGACCGGGAGCGGCGUCGCGGCCUCUCAGCCUCGGGACCCUCCAGUCUCUGAUCCCCCGUCACCGCCAGCGCCAUCGCCGCCAUGGGGCCCCGCGGCCUCCUCUUGCUGCUCGCCCUGGCCGGGUCCUGCGCCGCCCUCAUCAGGAUCCCCCUGACCAAGUUCACCUCCAUGCGGCGGGUUCUGAACGAGGUCGGAAGCGAGAUCCCAGAUGUGAACGCCCUCACCCAGGUCCUCAAGUUCAAGUUGGGCUUUGCCAACUCAGAACCCACUCCGGAGAUUUUGAAGAACUACAUGGAUGCCCAGUAUUUCGGCGAAAUCGGCAUUGGGACGCCCCCUCAGAAUUUCACUGUGAUCUUUGACACUGGCUCUUCCAACCUCUGGGUGCCGUCUGUGCACUGUUCCAUAAUGGACAUCGCCUGCAUGCUGCACCACAAGUACGACUCCUCUAAAUCCAGCACUUACGUGAAGAACGGCACCUCCUUUUCCAUCCACUAUGGGACAGGGAGCCUGACUGGGUUCCUCAGUGAGGAUGUAGUCACGCUCGGUAACUUGAAAAUCAAGCAUCAGGUCUUCGGGGAGGCCGUGAAGCAGCCGGGCAUGACAUUCAUCGCUGCCAAGUUUGACGGCAUCCUGGGCAUGGCAUUCCCAAGGAUCUCUGUGGACCAGGUCACCCCUUUCUUCGAUAACAUCAUGGAACAGAAGCUGAUUGAGAAAAAUGUGUUCUCUUUCUACCUGAACAGAGACCCCAGUGCUCAGCCCGGUGGUGAGCUGCUCCUGGGAGGGACCGACCCCAAGUACUACACUGGCGAGUUCAGAUGGAUGAAUGUCACGCGCAAGGCUUACUGGCAGAUCCACAUGGACUCGGUGGAGGUUGGCAAUGGGACAACUCUGUGUGAUGGGGGCUGCGAGGCCAUCGUGGACACAGGAACCUCACUCAUCACCGGCCCUAAAGCAGAAGUGAAGCAGAUACAGAAAGCCAUCGGUGCAAAACCACUCAUCAAAGGCGAGUACCUGGUCCCCUGUGAUAAAGUGCCAACACUGCCUAUCAUCACAAUAACACUAGGAGGGAAGCCCUAUGACCUCACAGGAGAGCAGUAUAUCCUUAAGGUUACUUCAGGAGCACAGACCGUCUGCAUGAGUGGCUUUUCAGGCCUGGACAUCCCACCCCCUGGGGGCCCACUCUGGAUCCUGGGAGAUGUCUUCAUUGGUCCCUACUACACUGUCUUUGACCGUGAUAACAACUCUGUUGGCUUUGCCAAAAGUGCCUAAACACAUAACCCCCACUGCCUCUGCCACACACACACUUAUACACACACAUGGGAGCUGUAGAGAAAGGUUACCAGUAUUAGAAACCCAGUGAGUGGAAUGGGA